AUGGACACUCGCUCUCAACUUCUAUUCUCCUACACAAUUUCUCACUCGGACCUCCUUGCCCGGAAAAUGAUUCACGAGUUCUUUGCAUCUCGUAGAGAUGACGGGCUAUUGGAAACGCACUUUCCAAAUUCUAGCCGCUCCAUGAACAUACCUCAGUUCUCUUUUUACUGGUUAUCUAUGAUUCAUGAUCAUUCAUCACACUUCCAAGAUAUCACAUUCAUCAAAAAGUAUUUGGGCACUAUUGAUGGAAUUUUGGAUCAUUUCAGUGAUCGUGUGAAUGAGCUCGGCCUUGUGGGACAAUUUCUUGAAGAAGGUACGUGGGCCUUCGUUGAUUGGGUGAAAGAGUGGUUUACUCCAGGACGAGGAUUUUCUAGUCUAGGAGUUCCCAAAGCAUACUUUGACAAAGGAGCUGCAACUAUCAACAGCUUAGUUUAUGCAAUGGCUUUGAGGUCCACUACAGUUUUGUCCGAAGCCGUUGGCAGGAAGGCCACUGCAAGUGAAUACCUUGAUAGAGCUAGUGCUAUCAUUCGGUCUGUCAAUAAAAAUUGCUAUGAUAGCAACAAGAAUUUCGCAGUACUUGCCGGUGCUAUAAGUGGAGAUUCAUCCAAAGAUCUAAUGAGAAAGACUAUUCACGAAAGAGAACCAUUGAGGCUUUCAAAUGCAUUAUUCGCAAUGUCCUUCUAUAUGUUCCGAGCUGUUGCUAAAGCUGGAAUUUAUGAAGAAGUUUGGGAGGAGUUACUAGGCCCAUGGAAGAAGAUGCUUGACCAGAAUUUGACCACUUGGGCAGAGAGUGAAAGUAUGGUUAGAAGUGAUUGCCACGGAUGGAUUGCAACUCCAAUGUAUGAGAUUGUGAGGGAAAUUGGUGGCAUUCAAUAUCCAACCACAGAAGAUAGCGAAGGAUGUCUAACAACGAUUAUUAAACCUAGAUGUGAUUUAGUAAAGCAUAUGAAAGGGAAAUUUGUGGUUACGGGAGGUAAAAGCGUAGAAGUUUCCUGGGACGACUCUGGAAUGGUUAAGGUUCUCAGCUCUAGUGAUAUGCGGGUUUCAAAUGGUACUAAAGGGAAUCACUCACGAUACCAAACUUUUAGAAGGCGUGGAGCAGUCUUUUAA